AUGUCGAACUCCGGCAACAAGGGCGUCUUCAGCAACAACAUCGGCAGCAGUGUCGGUGGAUUCACAAAGCGUAAAAGCGGUGAUGCUGGCAGUGACGCUGGUAGUGUUAGUACUGCUGAACGUAGACGCUCCUCCGUGACCAAAUUCGCAGGCCUCAACAGCCAAAAGCGUAACUCGCAGGACGCAUCAGCUGCAGCCCGCAAGGCGAGUUUCGCGGAGCAGAACAAGGCACCCGGGUUCCUCGGCGGCAUGUGGCAGAAUUGGACUAAAGGCAGUGGGAAAUGA